AUGGAUUGGCAACCGUCUCAAGAAGGGCUGUCUGACUUGUUGCAGCUGCUGAAGAACUCUGUUUCUCCAAGCACUCAAGUUCAUAAUAUGAUACAAGAAGUAUCCUUUUCAUGUCGUAAGAGAAAAGGCAUUUGCAGACUUGAAGGCUACAACAAAGUUCCUGACUACCCAAAAUGCUUGGUCUAUAUACUCACUCAAGUACAACAAGAAGAUACUUCGACUCGUGCCAUUGCUGGGCUACUACUUAAAAACAAUAUCCGUCACAUGUUUCCGAAUUUGUUGCCGGAAACAUUUUUAUACGUGAAAACAUUAUUAAUAAAAGGACUGGGCGAUCCGGAUCCAAUGAUUAGAAGUAUUGUAGGAAAUGACAUUACGACGAUCGUUUCAAGAGGUGGUUUUGAGUCAUGGCCGGAAUUGCUGCCUACUUUGAUAAGUUUGUUGGAUUCUGAGGAUUACAAUAUAGUUGAGGGCUCAUUUGGUGCAUUACAAAAAGUAUGCGAAGACUCGGCUCGCGAAUUAGACCAAGAAAUCCACGGCACGCGCCCAUUAAAUUACAUGAUUCCCAAAAUUAUUACGUUUUUCGAGUCGCCACACGUAAAACUCCGCGUCUAUGCCAUAUCAUGCAUCAACCAGUUUAUUUUGAUGCGCUCCCAGUCACUGUUUAUCCAUAUAGACGCCUUUGUAGGCGCUCUUUUUAAAUGUGCAACCGAUAAGAACUCUGAAGUUCGCAAGAACGUUUGUCAGGCUCUGGUGAUGUUACUCGAAGUUCGCCCCGACAAGCUCAUGCCUGAAAUUAAUAGCGUGGUUGAAUAUAUGUUAUAUUCCACUCAAGAUCCUGAUGAACAAGUGGCGUUGGAGGCAUGUGAAUUCUGGUUGGCAUUUGCUGAACAACAAGAUCUUCUUGAGGCUCUCCGACCUUUCCUCCCUCGUAUUGUGCCCGUCUUGCUCAAAGGUAUGGUUUACAGUGAUAUGGACCUCUUAGCCCUUGGUGGCGAUGAAGACGAUACCAAUGUACCAGAUAGUGAACAGGAUAUAAAACCGCGUUUCCAUCGUCCAAAGCUACAUGGUUUCGAUCGUCCAGCCGAUGCUAAUGGGACUGAGGGUGGUCCAAGUGCGCAAGCGGCUGCUUUGGAUGUAAUGUCGACUGUAUUCGGAAAUGAACUUCUUGAGAUUUUGUUGCCUUUCUUAAGAGAGCAACUGUUUCAUCAAGAUUGGAAACACAGAGAAUGUGGUAUAUUGGCUCUUGGUGCCGUUUCAGAAGGGUGCAUGGAUGGCGUUACACCACAUUUGCCCAAUCUGGUUCCAUAUCUGAUUCAAACGCUCACCGAUCCCAAGCCUCUUGUUCGUUCUAUAACGUGCUGGACUCUGGGCCGUUAUUGCCGAUGGUGCGUUCAUGCUCCUCCGCCCGAAGAGAACAAAUACUUUGAACCACUUCUUGACGGGCUGUUACGCAGAGUACUUGACAAUAAUAAGCGCGUCCAAGAAGCGGCUUGCAGUGCUUUUGCAAUUCUUGAAGAGGAGGCAUGCGAAAAAUUAAUACCGUACUUGAAUCCGAUUUUGAGUAGUUUGGUAUUCGCGUUCUCCAAAUAUCAGCAUAAGAAUUUGCUUAUUCUAUACGAUGCGAUUGGUACCUUGGCAGAUUCGGUUGAAUCUGCGUUGAAUAAGCAAGAGUACAUUGAUAUUCUAAUGCCGCCACUCAUUGAAAAGUGGCAUUCAUUGAAAGAUGAUGAAAAGGAUUUAUUCCCUCUCUUGGAAUGCUUAUCGUCAGUAACAACAGCUCUUGGCCUGGGCUUUGAACAAUAUGCGCCUCCGGUGUUUGAGAGGUGUCUGAAACUCAUCGAGUCCACUCUGUACCAAUCUCAGUUAUGUCAGCAAAAUCCAACGCUCGAUUUGCCCGAAAAAGAAUUUAUGAUUGUCGCACUCGAUUUACUCAGUGGGUUGGCUCAGGGACUUGGCAGUCACAUUGAUCCGCUAGUGGCAAACAGUAACCCAUCGUUGAUAAAUAUGCUUGGAUUCUGUAUAGUCGUAAGUAGUGUUGGUGAUGGCGUGGAUCCAGUUGACGAUGUACGACAAUCAGCCUAUGCACUCCUCGGUGAUCUUGCCAUUGCAUGUUUCCAUUACAUUCGACCACAUCUCGACAAAUACAUGAGCGAGUUAAUUAAACAAGUUGAUCCCCAUACUGAUCACGUGAGCGUAUGUAAUAAUGCAGCAUGGGCAGCUGGUGAAAUCGCUCUAAAGGCUGGUCCAGAUAUGGAACCAUAUAUCAAUCCUCUGCUAGAACGCCUUGUUCCUUUGUUAAAAAACACGAACACAUCUCGAACUUUGGCUGAAAAUGCUGCUAUCACAACUGGAAGGUUGGGUAGAGCAUGUCCGCAGCUGGCUAUGUCAAUGGAACAUUUUGUUGAGGAUUUAUGCCGAGUGCUAAAACAAAUUCGAGAUAAUGAAGAAAAGGAGACUGCCUUCCAAGGUCUUAUAGAAAUGAUUAAAGUUUAUCCUCCUGGAAUUGCCAAGUCAUUUUACGAGUUCUGCCAAGCAGUUUGUAGCUGGCAGAAUCCAUCACCAGAAUUGAAUGCUUCUUUCAGUAAUGAAUAUCCUCCCACUUCUAUAGCCAUAGACACUCCGUCCGAGAAUACCUUGAAUGAAGAGAGCAAAGAAUGCAUCACUGUCGACGGGGAAAUAGUACCGGCAGAACCCAAGUUCCCCGAUAACUGUUGCAUGAGCGGAUGUGCACAUUGUGUAUUGGAUAUAUAUCAAGAAGAACUGGAAGAGUGGAAGGCAAAGAUUAACGACAUGCGAGAUCGCCUCUUACGUGAAGGCAAACCACUACCUCCCAUUCUUGCAAAACAGCAGCCGGAUAUGCCGCAAGAUGACGUUGAUCCGAGUUUGAAAGCGCUAAUGGAAUUAGAAAAGAAGUUGGCAGCGCAAAGAAAGGGAUAG